AACCACUGAGCAGACUUGAUGGACAUCAACAGAGCUAUGAGGGCCGGGUGCUGGAAUCCCAGGGAGAAUGCAGGCCACCCAGUUGAGACUGCACCUCCCUCCCUGGGCCAGAGAGGGAGCCAGGUCUGGAAGACGACUUCUCCCCGGAAGGACGGGACGCUGCUCGUGGCUGGCACUGGGCACCAUGCAUUCCCUGGACGAGCCCCUCGACCUUAAGCUCAGCAUCUCUAAGCUGCGGGCUGCACGAGAGAAACGCGAGAGGGGCCUGGCCAGCGCCAAGCACCGGGCCCUGCACCGUGAGCUCAGGAUUACAGAUGAUGGCACUACAGCCAUUGGCCCCCUCUCUCCCAGCUCCCCGCCAGCUGGCCUCCUGGCACACUCCAAGUUCCAUGACAAACGGGAUGCCCGCUUCUCCUCGGUACCCAUGAUGGACCUGAGCCUGUCUCCCCCAUCAGGCCUGGACUCUCCUAGUGGCAGCACCUCACUGUCCCCUGAACGGCAGAGCAGUGGUGACCUGCCCACAUCCUCCACCCCACAUGAUUUCCAGUCCUUGCGCUACAUUGAUGGCAUCCCCAGCUCUUUCCAGUUCUUCCUGCCAUUGAGCUCUGGCGGUGCCCUGCACCUGCCCCCCUCAGCCUUCCUGACACCCCCCAAGGAGAAGCGCCUGUCCCCAGAGCUAUCCCUGCCGAAACAGCUGGUGUGUCGAUGGUCCAAGUGUAAUCAGCUCUUUGAUUUGCUGCAAGACCUGGUGGACCACGUCAAUGACUUCCACGUGAAGCCAGAGAAGGAUGCUGGCUACUGCUGCCACUGGGAAGGCUGCGCUCGCCAUGGCAGGGGCUUUAAUGCCAGGUACAAAAUGCUGAUCCACAUUCGCACCCACACCAAUGAGAAACCUCACCGCUGCCCCACGUGCAACAAGAGCUUCUCCCGCCUGGAGAACCUGAAGAUCCACAACCGCUCACAUACAGGCGAGAAGCCCUACAUCUGCCCCUAUGAGGGCUGCAACAAGCGUUACUCCAACUCCAGUGAUCGCUUCAAGCACACACGUACACACUAUGUGGACAAGCCCUAUUAUUGCAAGAUGCCGGGCUGCCACAAGCGCUACACGGACCCCAGCUCACUGCGCAAGCACAUCAAGGCCCAUGGCCACUUUGUGUCUCAUGAGCAGCAGGAAAUGCUCAAGCUCCACCAGCCCCCAAAGACGCCUGUCGCCUCGGCAGAAGUGCCUUAUGUCAAUGGGGCACAGAUCAUCAUCCCCAACCCGGCUGCAAUCUUCGGCACCCACGGCCUGCCUGGCCUGGGUGCAUCCCUGCCUAUUCCCCUCACACCAGCACCCCUGGAUCUCAGCACCUUAGCCUGCAGUGGAGUGGGCUCUGCUACACUGCCAGGGCUGCCCAGCCCAGUGCUCUCCCUAAAUGGUGCACCCUUGAACUUGGCCAAGAACCCCUUGCUGUCGUCUCCAUUUGCAGCGGGUGGCCUGGGGCUUCCAGUUGUGUCCCUGUUGGCUGGUGGGGGGAAGACAGAAGUGGAGAAAUGCCAUGCAGGUGAUACCAGAGGGGCCAAAGGCAUCAAAACUCAGGGGCAAGAGAGCCGCAAGGAGUCCUCUGAGAGGACUGAGCUAUCGAGGCUGAGGCCAACUCCAGAAAGCUUGUCGCUGCUGCCUGGGACAGUGCUGGAUCUGUCCACCGGCAUGAACUCCAUGUCCAGCCCUGAUACUCUGCCCCCUGGGUGGGUGGUCAUCCCCCCAGGCUCCGUCCUGCUGACGUGGUGA